AUGUCAGUGACGCUACACACCAACGUGGGAGACCUGAAGCUUGAGCUGUUUUGCGAGCAGGCCCCUCGCGCCUGUGAGAAUUUCCUGGCCCUAUGUGCCAGUGGCUACUACGAUGCCGUCCACUUCCACCGCAACAUCAAGGGCUUCAUGAUCCAGGGUGGCGACCCCACAGGCACCGGCAAGGGCGGUCGGUCCAUUUAUCCCACCCCCAACGGCAAGUUUCCCGACGAAUUCCACGACGCCUUAAAGCACAGCAAGCGGGGCAUCGUUUCGAUGGCCAACAGCGGUCCAAACACGAACGGCAGCCAGUUCUUCAUCACCUAUAAGGCCCAUGCCCAUCUGAAUGGCAAGUACACGAUAUUUGGUCAGGUGAUUGACGGCAUGGACGUCCUUGACCGAAUGGAGAAGGUCCCGACGGACGCGCAGGACCGGCCCAAGACCGACAUUAAGAUUAACAAGGUCACCAUCCACGCGAACCCAUUGGCGGGGUGA